UCCCUACAACCUUUCUCAUCAUAGAACGUGUGUGUUUGCUUGCAUGUGUUUACCUUUGUUAACUGUAUUGCAUUAUUUUGUGAUCAUGUCUAUAUCAUUACAUCAUACCCAUGGGAAGCUUUGUCUUUAUAGUACAGUCAUAUGUGACUUGGCUUUAGGGUAUCUCUGACCUGCUCUGCCUUUUUGCAACAUUUUACAAAGCACACUGUCAUUUUCAUACAAAGUCAUUUAUUUUCCUCUGUUUAGAGCGGAUUUGUGUGCAUUUAAGUGGUUUCUCUCAGUUUCUGGGUUUGGAACUGGAUUUUCAAGAUGAGCUGGAAUAACGCAGGCUAUUGUCCUCAGCCAAUGCCAGGAGGACAGUAUCCUCAAUAUCCACCAGGCACUGUCCCAACCCAGCCCUGCCCUCCUCAGCCUUGGGGUGCACCCACUCAGCCAUUUGGUCCAGGCCCUCAGCCUUGGGGUGCACCAACUCAGCCAUUUGGUCCAGGGCCUCAUCCUUGGGGUCCACCUGGGAACGGUACUGCAGCCCCACCUUAUGGAGGUUAUGGACCUGGCCAUGGUCAAUGGUACAACCAUCCCGGGCAUCAUCAUGGACAUCAUGGACAUCACGGGCAUCCUCAUGGACACCCUGGGCAUCAUCAUGGACACCCUGGGCAUCAUCAUGGACACCCUGGGCAUCAUCAUCAUCCCGGGCAUCAUCAUCCCGGUUUUGUUCCAGGCCGCAGACACAAACACAAGCAUGGUCACAUGCACGGCCGUUGCCACAAGAGAGGAAAAACCGGUCAUGGGUACUCCAGCAGCUCCUGCAGCAGCAACUCGGACUAGACCAGGAGGACAGAAAGCAGACAAGUUGCCCCAGGGAACCUUCACCCUGCUACAAGACAGGAGAUAAUAAUAACACAUUGGAUUUCAAAUGUUGGGAUUAUAUACACGUUGUUUUUUUUAAAACCUGUUAAAGUAAGGAUCAGCUGUUACAUAUUAUGAAGUGUUUGGCCAUUGUAUUUGAAAAUACAUGUGUUAGCGUGUGACAAGGGGCAUGUUUUGGAUGUGUUAGACAAUGAUUGUAAUUGUUCCCUUGUAGUAAACAACAUGAAACAGGUUUCUGUUAUUCAUAAAAGCAUGUCACCCCUGCAA